AUGGAUAAAAAUAUGGUACAAAAAUUGAAAACUGAAAACGACAAUAAUAAUCCAAAAGACUCGCUGGGCUGGAUAUUCCAACAAAUAUUUAUUUCUAGGUCGCAAAAAGACCAGACGCUAGAAAAACAGUGGAAAUCUCUCUUUUCGAAACAUAAAAAACGGUAUCUCACCUAUGUUAUCUCUGAAAAGCUGAAAAGUAGAUUCCAGGCACUCCUAAAAAUUCCUGGCCUAUGGCACCAGUCACCGUUUGGUAAUAUGCACAAAGUAGAGGCCAUGAAGUGCGUUGAGGUGGGUGCUGCCAAUCAAGCAGUAGUUGAUGUCCAGCUGACCUCGACUGGGCAGGAAUCUUCACACUACCUUAGUCAAAUACUAAGUAUUUUUACGAGUUUUGUCCGAGGACAAACGCAGCUGCUCGGAAGUAUCGACAGCUAUACCGUCGCAGCAUUAGAAGGCAAAUGCCCUGGCUUGUCCAAGCACGAUAGGCUCCGGCUUGAGUCACUUUUGGAGAGCGGGAAGCUGUUGCCUAGAGCCAGUUCUGAAAAUCGUCAACUUUUUAUUGAUGCGGUAUGCGAGUUCAAGAGACAGAUUCCUUCAUUAGGUACAUUCUUCAAUGAUAUGCGCUACUUGGAAGGGUUGAACGCGAUUCAACCGUGCGACAGUCCCUUCGAUCUAUUUUCUGAGGUGACGAAAAUUCGGACUGUGUCAUUCAGAGAACAGAUACAGAUUUCCACAAACGGCCGGCAUCGGCGGUGGAGGAACAGUUUGACAUCGCACAAAGACAACUCUGGCUCUGUGCGAUGA